AUGCCUCGCGAGAGCAUUGAGACGGUCCAAAUGCGCACCAAGUACGGUUCCAUGAUUCAAGAUUUGCUUCGAGAAUGCCGGAACUCGAAAAACUCUCAACUCAGCCAUACAAGGUGGGAGGAUAGCUUGACACUCCUAAACCGGAUCUUCCCUUCUGAUCGCGACAUACCGAUCGCGCGAAUCGGGCCCAUAACAACGACCGCGGACGACGCAGACGUCUGGUACACUACAGAAGACGACAUAGAGAGAAUGAUGGCCCAAAACUUCAUCUUGCACAAACCCACGGUGGUGAGAUCACGUCAAUUAGGACGACGAGGCCAGGGACUGGAUCACUUCUUAGAGGCUCUGAACGAUCAUUUUGGCGAUAGCAAGGUGGACGUACAAGACCCAAGUACUAAAACGAAAGCCGCCGUCUCCUCACCUGUCUGCGACGUUAUUGGCCGAAUUAGAGAAGGGGCGGACAUUCCGGCAGGGCGACUUCCGAUAAACCUGCUGAACCUGAAGUAUCUGGGACAAGUCCCACCGGCUCCUGCGUUCCUCAAUCUGCGUCGGUUCGAUGUCCUUCCGGCAAUCAGCUCACGUCUAGAGGCGGAGCUUACCGGACAAGCGAUCGCCGGAAAACGGGGCCACGCCGUGAUGGUCGAGGCCAGAGAAGUCGACCUGGACCGCUCCUUGACCUUUUCGCUAUUCGCCCAGCGAGGUGCCUUUACCGGAUUCCACGUCGAUAGCCCAGAUGCAACAUGGGUAUGUCUUGAGUGGGGCCUGAAGCUUUGGAUUUUCGCGACAGACACGAACGAAUCCGAGAUGGUCAAGUUCACAGAUGAAGGCGACAAUUGGGUUCCCGAAAGCGUUGUCGCUAUUGUCUUGGAGCCGGGUGAUACGCUCAUCAUGCCCUCCGCACAGCUCCUCCCUCACGCUGUACUCACGUUGGCAGACUCACGGAUGACGGGUGGCAUGUUCAUGGACGCACUUCGCAUUCUAGAGUCGAUUGAGAAGCUCCUGUGGAUAUCUAUACGCCCGUCUGUCUCGAAUGAGCCGAUACCGCUGCAGCUCCUCAGAGGAUGGAGCCACCUGCGCAAGCUUUUUUAUGACAGACACCAGUCUACAAGUGACCGGGCCAGGUUCGAAAAGAUCACGGGGCUACUGCGCGAGAACUUGAGCUGUCAAUUCGACGACUCUGCUGAGGAAGACAUUUGGGUGCCGUUCGGCGCGGAACAAGUUGGAGUUACCUGGAAAUACCCGCCCACCCCCGCCCAUUCCACCUCAUGCUUCAUGAGCAUGUGCAGUUUGUCCGUCAUCUUCAACGAGAUCCUUAUUCACAUGUAUGACCCACUCUCCCAGAACACCGACGCAGAGGUGCAGGAAUGUUUCCGCACCCAGGAACCAGCCUUUCAGGAAUGGUGGAAUCGGUUGGCUCCUCACCUAAAGCUUGAUCCCCUCGCUCUGCCUCCCAUGGCACCCCCGUCUCACAUCGUGACAAUGAACUGUCUCUACCACACAUUCAAAAUUUUGCUCUAUCGUCCCAUGCUCACAGGCCGGGGACAGGGGACAGAUGAGAGCAGCGCCCAAGUCAAGGGCUACCUGGUGGCAUGUGUUACAUCGGCGACGGCCAUCAUUACCAUCUUCGACCUCUUCUGCCGCACCUUUACGAUGAAUUACUGCGUACUGUCGCUCGCAUAUAGCGUCUACAUCGCCGCUUCCAUCUUCCUGCUUCAGGUCCAGGCGACUCCUGACGCACAGCAGGCCAUGGCAAAGCUCAGCUACUGUAUCCAAUGCCUCGACCAAGUGAAGAAUUUCAGCCCAGUGAUCAACAGCGCUCUCAAUCUGUUGACUAGAGAGCUAGCGGCCAUUGGAAUGGUCCUGGACAUGCCUUCACCGGGGAAAUCAGAGCUGUAUCCAGCAGCACGUCCUGACACGUCCAUGCCGGGAUCAAUGAAUCCCCACGCAGAUGAAUCGCGCCAGAUGCCCCUUCCUCCGCAUCAGCUGUUCCAGCCAGCGCUCAACCACAACUUUGGGCCUGAGUCAAUGGCGUUGCACCCAGGCGUAUUCGAGACCAUGUCCAACCUGGAACCUUUGGGCGUCAGGGUCGUGGCUAGUCACGAGUCGGAAAACCAAUCGUCAUUUGGCUGA